AUGGAGGAAGCGUACUUUAUGGAUUGUUAUGAGGACUGCCGGUCUCUCAAAUUCCAACACGCCUACAGGCUUUCUGUCGAGAGCAGCAGCAGCAGCAGCAGCAGCAGCAGCAGCAAGGCCAGCAGCAACUUGUGCGUGCUGCACUGCUGCAGCCUGCUGGCUCUGGGAUGCGGAAGUCGCGUUUUCCCUUAUUGCGCUGUCUCUGCUGCUCGAGGACUUCUCCAGCUUCGCCACCCGCCUAUAGAGCUGGAGAGUGAAGUGACGGCGCUGCUGCUCAGCAGCUGCUGCCGCUUUCUAGGAGUUGCUGCUGGCAGGCGGGCGCUGGUGCUGCAGGUGGGGGCCUGCGCAAAAGCCCCCGAAGCAGCAGCAGCAGCAGCAGCAGCAGCUGCAGCAGAGGCAGCAGCAGCAUCUUGUCUCUCACCCUCGUCGCCGCGGAUUGAGGCAGCCGUGCUGCCCGAGGACAUUACUGGCAUUGCCUGGACAGGAGAUGGGCGGCUGCUGCUGAAUACCUACAGCAGCGGCCUCUUCAUUGCUGAUGGGGAGGGAGAUGUGCACCUUGUGGUGUCUCCGGAGCUGAGGAUUUCCUCACUUACCGGGGUCACCGAGCUUGGCAAGGAGGGGCCCUUGAAGCAGACUGUGGCUCUGCUCUGCUCCAGCAGUCCUUUGGCUCUCUGGGCUCUGAAGAGUGGCAGCAGCAGCAGCAGCAGCAGCAGCUUCUGCUGCAGCAGCGAUUUGUCGCUGGCUCGUGUUGACAUCUCUGGCCUGUACGGCCCGCUGGACUCGGAAGCAGCAGUCAUUUCUAAAGGCAAGGGCCGCUGCUUAGGCCUCUCUUGGUUAUCCCCUGGCUUUUCUGCUGCGGGCAGCGACGAAGCUGCUGCUGCUGCUGGUCCCUUCCUAGCAGCUUUGUUUGCAGUGCGGCAGGCAGACGUAGAAGAAUUCGAGGAAGGGCAGCAGCAGCAGCAGGUGCAGCAGCAGCAGCAGCAGCAGCAGCAGCAGUUUGCAAGCGCUGCUGAAGAGGACGCUUAUCUCGAGGUAGAGGAUGCGCAGUUUUCUUCUUUGCUGCUCUUUGCCAAAAUCGAAGCAGCAGAAGCACCGAAGGAGCUUCAACUUAUGCCGAUUGCGGCAGCUUUAAACGAGACACCACGCAGCUCUCACUCUUUGUCUGCGACGCCUUCGUGCGCCAGCCACAAGGCAGCAGCAAAAGGCUCUCCUGGGGCGACAGUCAGGAAGAAGCAAAAGGUAGGGCUGCUGCAGCAGCAGCCACAGCAGCAGCCGCAGCCACAGCAGCAGCAGCAGCCACAGCAGCCGCAGCGACAGCAGCAGCCGCAGCCACAGCAGCAACAGCAGCCACACCAGCAGCAGCAGCCACACCAGCAGCAGCAGCCACACCAGCAGCAACAGCCACACCAGCAGCAGCAGCCACACCAGCAGCAGCAGCCACACCAGCAGCAGCAGCCACAGCAGCGCGUGACGGCUUGUGGGUGUUUGCCUCUCGCAGCUUCUUCUUUUUGGAGCUCCGUUUUAUUGGCGGAGGGGAAGGGCCUCGAGACAGCAGACGAAGAGGCGGGGCCUUUGGGCUUGGGGGUUUUCACGGGCUUCACUGACGGGGUUAUGAGAGACGGGGCCGAUGCUGAUACGCCCCUCCUGACCUCCCCUGCUGUCUUCUUCAUCGCCGAGUCGACAGGAGAGGUGACUGUCCACUUCGCUGACCGCUGUUUGGCCGUGGUGAGAGACACGGAGUCUGUAGAGAUUCCGCUGCUGCCGCCGCUGCAGCAGCACCCGCAGCAGCAAGACCAGCAGCAAAUGAAGUUGUGGCUGCAACGGCUCUCUGGGAAGCAACCGCUGAAGCAGGAGGCGAAGGUGGUGGAUGCUUCCGGCGAAAAGCCCGGGAGCAGCGGCAGCAGCAGCAGCAGCAGCAGCAGCAAGCACCGCAGCAGCCGCAGGAAGGGCAGCACGAGCAGCAAAGGACAUAAGGCACGGAGCCACAGCAAAGAGCCAGGCAGCACCAAGAGUGGUAGGAGGAGCAGCAGCAGCAGCAGCAGACAGGCUACACACGGGAUGCGGCAUGGCAGCAGCAGCGCUGGGAAGAGCAGCAGCAGGCAGAGCAAGCACAAAGAAGAAAGGCGCAGCAAGCAUAGCAGCAGCCGUGCUGCUGCUGCAGACGAGGAGCGCUGGAGCGGCAGCAGCAAAGCAGCGAGGGAAGCCACUCUUGCUGCAGCAGGGCAGGCGCUGCGUGCUGCUGUGUCCAGACGCAGCAGCAGCAGCAACAGCAGAAGCGUGCUCAGCAGAUGGCGGCAGCGGCUGCAGUCCUCUCCAGAACACCUGGAGGUGUCGGAGCUUCUAAGACAGGUGGCCGACGGCGAAGAGCUCUUUGGUGCCCGUGGGUCUCUCGCUGCUGCUGUUGCUGCUCCUCUUACUGCUGCUCUGCGUGCAUUUGAGUGGCGCCUAGCUGCGUCUGAGGUUUGCUGCACUGCAGCACGGGAUUCACUCAGGCAGCAGCUGCGGCAGCAGCAGCAGCAAGUUGACCGGCAUCAGGUAGAGCAGCAGCAGCAGCAGCAGCAGCAGCAGCCUACCUUGGCUUCGCAGGUGGCGGGGCUGCAGGCGGCAGUACAGCAGCUACAACAGCAGCAGCAGUUGCUGCUGCAGCGCGUGUCCCACCUUCAAGACACGGAGGAGACGCAGGCCAAGGCAAGCGGCAGAGUGCGGCGCAUUCUCAGCAGGCUGUUGGUGCAGCAGCAGCUGCUGCAGCAGGAGCUGCAAGAAGGCGACAGCCUUUUGGCUCUCAUGGCUGACGAGCAGCAGCACUUGGAGGACGUUGCGCUGCUUCUGCCUUCUGCUGCUGGUGGCUCUUCGCUAGAGGAAAGGCAGCAGCAGCGGCUGGCUGUGAAAGAGCGGGCUCGGCAGCUGCGGCAGCUGCUGCUGCGCCUGCAGCAGCAGCAAUUAAUGCAAGUACAGCUUUAUGAAGAGCAGCUGGCGCUGACUGAGAGCAUGCGAGAGUUGCCGCCUCACGAUGCGCAGCAAAUGGAGCAGGAGCUGCAGCGCCUCGGUGCUGCAGUGAUGCAGCAGCAGCGGCGGGUGCAGCUGCUGCUAAGCCGCGCUGACGCUUUGGCCUUGGAGGCUAUUGGCGAUGCGAUCCCAGACGCGACACAUUCGCAGCAGCAGCUGCUGCAGCAGCAACAGCAGCCAGCCAUGCAGGCGCCACCUGCUGCGAAAAGCAGCCACAGCAGCAGCAGUAGCAGCAGCAGCAGGCAACCGUGCAGACCCGGCGCUCGCUUCAUGUUGCCUUCCAGUUUUCUAGAGGCGAAGACGGAGGAGCCGCUGCAGCAGCAGGCCAGUGAAUGUCGGUCCGCCGCAGCAGCAGCAGAGGCAGCAGGAGAGGCGGGCCGCGGUGCAGCAGCAGAGCAAGAUGUUGCUCAAGCUGUACAGACACUGGGAAGUCGCAUGAGGGAGUCACUUUUCAUUUGCAGCAACGAAGGCGCUGCGGAAGCUGCAGCAGCAGCACCGGAGUCAGCAUCAGCGCAGGAUGCUCGUGCUGCCAGCUGCAAGCAGCAGGGAGAGCAGCAGCAGCAGGGAGAGCAGCACCAACUGCUGCUGCUGCAAGAGAAGCAGAAUGCUAUCUUCGAGCUGAUGCAGAGAGCCAGGCGCCUGCAGCAGGAUGCUGCUACUCUGGAAGAAUCUCUUUCUGCUGUGGAGCAGCAGGCCACGAUGAUGCUCCCACCUCAGAAGCACCCUUGUGCAGAGUCAGAGGAGCUAGCGCAGUUGGUGCAGCAGCAGCAGCAGCAGCAGUCGCUGCAGCUGCAGCUGCAGUCUGCCCUCUCCCCUGCGGGCGCAGCAGAUGCCUUCAAGUCUCCGGAACCCACAUCUCCGCUGCAGCUGGUGCAGCAGCUGCUACAGGAGGAGGCUGCUUCCCGCGCGCGAGAGGCAGCCGGCCGCCGUGCGCUGCUGCAGCGGCUGCAGCAGCAGCAGCAACAGCAAGCAGGUUUCUCUCCAGGGGGAGCUGAAGGAGACACCGCAGCAGAGCUGCAGCAAGAGGGAGAGCUGGACACUGAGUGGGAAACGUUAGGCAGCAGCCUAGAAGGCUGGAGCGAUGUGGAGUGCCUCAGCAGCAGUAGCAGCCGCAGUAGCAGCCGCAGUAGCAGCCGCAGUAGCCGCAGCAGAAGCAGCGAGAGCAGCAGCUGCAGAGAAUCCCUCAGCAGCUACGGGCGCGGCAGCAGCAGCAGCAGCAGCAGAAGGGGCGGUGGUGUGUGCAGCGACAGCAACGAGCUGGCGGGGGAUAUUUCCGAGAGCGACAGCCCUAGUGCUGCCCUUGCGAGGCCCCCAGGGGCCCUGCUGCUGCCUGCUGCUGCGAAAGAGGCAGAGGCCCCAGGGGAGCUCCCCAAAACAGCAGCGGGCCCCCCACAGACUCAGCCAGCCCCCCCAGGAAGUGCCCCCAAGGCAAAAGCAGCAGCAGCAGCAGCAGCAGCAGAAACUUCACCCAGCCCCCCCACAGCGGCCCCAAUGCCCCCAGACCCCACUAAGGCUUUGCUUCCUCGAGCUCCCGCAAAAGCUGUGCUGCCUCCAGAUCCCACGAAAGCUGUAUUGCCUCCAGAUCCUACGAAAGCUGUACUUCCCCCAAGUCCAGCAAAAGCUGUACUGCCUCCAGAUCCCACGAAAGCUGUAUUGCCUUCAAGCAGUACAAAAGCUGCAUUACCCCCAGAUCCCACGAAAGCUGUAUUGCCUCCAGAUCCCACGAAAGCUGUAUUGCCUCCAGAUCCCACGAAAGCUGUAUUGCCUCCAGAUCCCACGAAAGCUGUAUUGCCCCCAGAUCCCACGAAAGCUGUACUGCCUCCAGAUCCCACGAAAGCUGUAUUGCCCCCAGAUCCCACGAAAGCUGUAUUGCCUCCAGAUCCCACGAAAGCUGUAUUGCCCCCAGAUCCCACGAAAGCUGUAUUGCCUCCAGAUCCCACGAAAGCUGUACUGCCUCCAGAUCCCACAAAAGCUGUAUUGCCUCCAGAUCCCACAAAAGCUGUAUUGCCCCCAGACCCCACGAAAGCUGUAUUGCCUCCAGAGCCCAGCAAAGCUCUGCUGCCCCCAGACCCUACGAAGGCUGCGGCGGUGCGGGAGCCGGCGAAGGCGGCCUCGGAGAAGCCCAAGGAUGGCGAGGGGGCCCCCAAGGAGGCCGUGGGGGGUGCCCCCAAAGAGGCAGGGGGCGCUGGCAGCAGCGACGGAAGAGCAGCAGAAGAAAGUGCUGCUCCUGCUGCUGCCAAAGGCGACAGCAGUUCCUUCAUGUCGCCGUUCGGGACUCUCAGUCAGCCCAGCGCCAAGGGGGGCUCCGAGAGCGGGAGCUCUGGUGGCCUUUUCGGCAGCAGCAGCAGCAGCAGCAGCAGCAGCGGGAUGCUCUUUGGCAAGACCGAAGCCGGCAGAGAGGGUGGCGUAUUCGGCAGCAGCAGCGGGGGAGUCUUUGGCAAAACCGAGGCCGGCAAAGAGGGUGGCCUAUUCGGCAGCAGCAGCGGCGGUGGUGGCCUCUUUGGCAGCAGCAGCGGCAGCAGCGGUGCUGGUGGGGGCAUCUUCGGCAGCAGCAGCGGCGGUGGCGACCUCUUCGGCAGCAGCAGCAGCGGCGGAGGCCUCUUCGGCAGCAGCAGCAGCAGCACUCCACAGACGUCGGGCCAGCCUCCAAGUCUGUUCAGCGGGGGCUUCGGCAGCAGCAGCAACAGCAGCAAGCCAUUAGACAUUAAAAGCAUCGGGCAGAGCUUGGCAGCAGCACCAGCGACGCAGGCUUCGGGCUUCGAAGGAUCUGCACUAGCCUCGGGGCCCUUCAGCUCCAGUGGGCCCUUUGGGGGAAGUGCCUCACAGGGGGCCCCCCAGGGCGGGCUUGUGGGAAUCCUGGGGCCCGGCAUAUUUGGAAGCAGCAGCAGCAGUGGCGGCGGUGGCGAUACUGGAGCAGCUGCCGCUGCAGCAGCGGGAAGAGCCCAAGCAGGCGCUGCCUCUCCUUUUGGCAGCUCUCUUUUCUCCCAGCAGCAGCCGCAACAGCAGCAGCAGCAACCGAGCAUUUCGUUCGGCAACAUUAAUGUCAGCGACUUGUCAGUGGGGCAGCGCCAAACAUACAACUUCGGGCUGGUGAGUUUCGCCUGCGCUGGCUUUGCUGCUGACGCUGCCUUUAAGCUUCUGCAGUUGCUGCCAGCUGAAGCAGCAGUCGCAGCAGCUGUUGCAGCAGCUGCUGCAGCAGCUGCUGCAGCAGCUAACUUGCUGCUUCCUUUUGGUCUCUAUGCCUGUUUGCUGCAGUCCAGCAACAGCAGCGGCCUGGGCGACGUGCAGCUGGGAGGAGGGCCCGAUAUGUCAGCAACUCGGUCGGCCUUUUCUAACAACCAGCAGCAAGGUGGCUUUUCUGCAUUUGCUUCACAAGGGACUGGCUUUGCCUCUCUGGCGGCGCAGCAGCCGGCGUCGGGGGGCUUUUUCGCUGCAGCAGCAGCAGCAGCAGCACAGCAGCAACAGCAGCAGCAGGGAUUUGGGAGCUGGGGGCUAAGCACCCAGGGUGCCAACAUCUUUGGAGGGGCAACCUCUGGCUUCCCAGGAGCCACUCCAGCCUCUACAGGUUCUGCAGUUGGCUCCACUUCAGCUUCAGCAGCCGACAAGAGUAUGUGGACGCAGGCGAGAUCUACAGACCCGCUUGACUAA